AUGGCGGACAGAGAUGGCGGACAGAUUAAAACGACGAAUGCGUACGGACGGAGGCGGACAGACGAAGGCGUACGGACGGAGGCGGACAGAUUAGACGACGGCGUACGGACGGAGAUCACAACUUUGAUUUUCAAAGGAGGACAGAAAAAAACUUUGUUUCAUGAUGCAGAGAAGUUUGCAAGUCGGAUUGGAGCAGAUGUUGGUGUGGUGCUUUUUUCACCCGGUGAAAAACCAUGUUCCUAUGGUUCCUCAAGCAUAGAAGAAAUAAUUGAAAAUUUUCUCAAAGUAAAACAAGAGGAUCGCCAAUGUGGUUAUGCCGAGGGAAAAUCAAAUAAUUUUAAGGCAUUGGAAGAUCUCAAUAAAAAAUUGCAAACAUGUAACGAAAAAGGAAAAAAACGAGUACUAAUGCAUAAGAAUAUGCAUCCUGGCUCAGAAACACCUCAAGAUAAACAUAUGGAGGAGCAGAAGUUGGCAUUGAAGUUGCGUGUGGAGAUGAUUAAAAAAGAAACACAAAGUUCUAUUUGGUCGAGCAUCUGA